GCGGCGCUAGGCCUGGCGUGAAGUGCAGCCCUUGUGUUUGCACAGGGUGUAGUUGCGUCACGCAGGCGCCUGGUCCAAUCAGCGUUGGCCUGACACUGAUAUUAAGGGGGAAAGUUUGUGUUUGAACGAAAAGCCGUCCCAUAGUCCCGGUGACAUUUAAACUCUGAGCGAGAGCCCAAUGUGAAAAAAAGGGACCAAAACCUCCCACCGUUCUUAUACACCGACCGGACCGGGGAGCCAAAGUAAACGUGUUGAAUCGCCGAUGUACGACUUGAUUCAGUACACAGAUAGGCAUAAAGUAUCCGCAAGGCACAGACGCUGGGAUAAGUUGUCAGAAAUCGUGCAUCUCUACAUUCUACCGACUGGACUAGACAAGACGACUUUAAGUAUUCUGUGGAUUGUGAAAGCUAAUUUGAAAAGCUUUUCGAAGCCACACCUUCCUUCAGCCAAAGGACAAGGAAACCGGAAUUUGCCCUGUCUCUUUCCCCCUCUCUCUGUGGAGAAACUAUAAUCCACUAGCAAGUCUUAAAAAGUCGCCCAUCAUAUUCCAUCUUAACUGUUUGCUGGACGUGUUGACAGCGACGCAGAAUGCCCCAUAAAGGCACGAGUGUUCCAAUUGUGAACUGACCGCAUCUUAAUAGUUAAAACAAGGAAAUAUUGGCUCAGAGGGAAGACUUUAACUAGUAACAAACAGAUGCCUGUGGUCACAGGCUGUCAACACAGGUUUCAGAACACACUAAACAAGCCACGUGGGACUCUGGUGUAACAGUUCAACAUGCAGAACAGUCACAGUGGAGUGAACCAGCUCGGCGGCGUGUUUGUUAAUGGUCGACCAUUGCCUGACUCGACCAGACAGAAAAUUGUGGAACUUGCUCACAGCGGAGCCAGGCCCUGCGAUAUAUCAAGGAUUCUCCAGACCCAUGCUGAUGCAAAAGUCCAAGUAGUGGAUAAUCGAAAAGUUUCUAACGGCUGUGUCAGUAAAAUCCUGGGCAGGUAUUAUGAAACUGGAUCCAUCAGACCCAGGGCAAUCGGAGGGAGUAAACCAAGGGUAGCCACUCCUGAGGUUGUCUCUAAAAUCGCUCAGUAUAAACGCGAGUGCCCGUCGAUCUUUGCUUGGGAAAUUCGAGACAGAUUGCUCUCUGAGGGGGUCUGUACUAACGACAAUAUACCAAGUGUGUCAUCGAUUAACCGAGUCCUUCGCAACCUGGCUAGCGAAAAGCAACAGAUGGGAGCAGAUGGGAUGUAUGAUAAGCUGAGGAUGCUGAACGGUCAGACAGGUGCAUGGGGUACCCGGCCAGGCUGGUAUCCGGGCAGUUCGGUGCCAGGGCAGCCCAACCAAGAUGGCUGUCAGCAACAGGAAGGAGGCGGUGAAAAUACAAACUCCAUCAACUCAAACAGCGACGAUUCAGACGAAGCACAGAUGAGGCUCCAGCUCAAAAGGAAACUGCAAAGAAACAGAACAUCUUUCACUCAGGAGCAAAUCGAGGCCCUGGAGAAAGAAUUCGAGAGAACUCAUUAUCCUGAUGUGUUUGCCAGAGAACGGUUAGCGGCCAAAAUAGAUCUCCCGGAAGCUAGGAUACAGGUUUGGUUUUCCAACAGAAGAGCAAAGUGGAGGCGGGAGGAAAAGCUGAGGAACCAGAGACGACAAGCUAGCAACACCCCGAGCCACAUCCCCAUCAGCAGCAGCUUCAGUACCAGUGUUUACCAGCCCAUCCCUCAGCCCACAACUCCCGUUUCCUCUUUUGCCACAGGUGCAAUGCUGGGUCGGGCAGACACAUCCCUCACUAACACUUACAGCGCACUGCCACCGAUGCCCAGUUUCAGCAUGGCAAACAACCUGUCUAUGCAAUCGCCAGUGUCCAGCCAAACGCCGUCUUACUCCUGUAUGCUGCCCAACAGUCCGUCAGUUAAUGGACGCAGUUAUGACACGUACACGCCGCCUCACAUGCAGUCACAUAUGAACCCCCAGUCUAUGGGCACCUCGGGGGCCACAUCCACAGGACUUAUUUCCCCUGGAGUGUCUGUACCUGUUCAAGUGCCAGGAAGCGAACCGGACAUGUCUCAGUACUGGCCCCGAUUGCAGUAAAAAGGGAGAGUGGAAAGAGACUGUGGAGAGUCAGAUGCCCAGCAGUAUUUGUUUCUGAGAGGAAACUCUGAAGGUAUCUUUGUUCUGGGACUGCGCCCGAUACGUUCACUUUGAGAAGACCCACGUGGACUUGUGUGGUGCCUGGCGUGUGAAGUCAACGGAACAAAACGUUCUUUUCCCCCUCCCCCACUGAAAUUCUUCAGUCGGUGUAUUAUUUGUAAAUGGGCAUUUCUGUAUGUUUAAAACAAGAACAACUAGACUCGAUGGAUAUUUGAUACACGUUGGUCAUGGGAUGAUUACAAGACAUCAUGGUCAACCUAGCGGCCAUCAGUUAGGCCAAUAUCGAAUGCUUCUACCACUACAUUUCUAGAUUUAUGGACUUUGAUGUUACCAACUUGUACCAUUGCAUUACACUAAAUUUUAUUUUAGG